AUGGUCCGCGACGAUAUCGAAUCUUCAGACGCCUCGAGCACCUCAUCAAUCGAUGAGUUGUUGCGUGAAGACAGCGAAGGCUGGGAAGAUGCUGAGCCAGAAGAGAAUGAAGAAAUUCAGGUCAAGGACUUUUUCAGCGACAAGACAUUUCCGGAUGCUGCUUCUAUGAUCAAGUAUGCUGCCGAACAACACAACUUUGAUUUCAUCAAGAUAACAAAAGACUUUGGUGUGUAUCUUGUCAACUACAUUCGCGGCGAGGCCAAGAAUGGUAACCAGAAGCCCGAUGUUUCUUCAAAAUCUCUGUUCGACGAUGACAAGCACAUGCAGCCUGUUCUGGAAGACGACGCUCUGCUUUUCUCCCUGGACGAUGUUCUGGACUCUGAAGACGCCGCUGCACAGGAUAUGCCUAUCGGUUCGUCAAGCGACAAGACUGCUCAGCUCGAAGCUGAACUGACUCACCUGCGCCAACAAUUCGCUGAGUACAAGUUGACCGUCGAGAAGACUUUGGACGACCGCUGGAACGAGCCUGCCAAAGAGGGUGAGGCCGGAUCAAGCAACACCAAGAAUGAGAACCACCAAGACCCUGGAUACUUCGACUCCUACUCAUACAAUGACAUUCACCAGACUAUGCUUCAGGAUACUGUCCGCACAGACGCCUACAGAGACUUCAUCUACGCCAACAAGCACCUUUUUGCCGGCAAGACUGUGCUUGACGUUGGAUGCGGUACUGGUAUUCUUUCUCUCUUCUGCGCCAAGGCCGGUGCUGCUCGUGUUAUCGCUGUCGACAAUUCUGAGAUCAUCAACAAGGCUCGUGCCAACAUUGCUAUGAACGGCCAAUCAAAGGUCAUUACCUGCGUCAGAGGCAAGAUCGAGGAGAUCCAGCUUCCCGAUGGCAUCGAGAAGGUCGACAUUGUUGUCAGCGAGUGGAUGGGUUACUGUUUGCUGUACGAGGCCAUGCUUGACUCUGUCCUCUACGCCAGAGACAGAUAUCUCAAGUCCGAUGGUUUGAUGGUUCCCAGCCACUGCACCAUGCACCUCGCUCCCCUUGCCGACCAAGACUGGAUCUCAGACAACAUUACCUUCUGGAGAGACGUAUACGGUUUCGACAUGACCUCCAUGAUGGAGAAGAUUUACGAAGACACACUGGUCCGCUACCCCAACAAAGACACCAUUGUCGGCAGAUCAACAGACGAGCUUCCCUUCAAGGUCCUCGAUCUCCACACCGUGACAGUCGCCGACCUCGACUUUACCUCAGACGUCAGCUUCACCCUCAACAAGGACAUUGACAACCUCGACGGUUUCUGCACCUGGUUCGACACUCUCUUCUUGCAAUCACGCAAUGACGAGAUUCCCGCUGGUAUGCUCCGCGGAACCGUCUUCUUCACUACCAGCCCCUUCGGCCCCGAGACCCACUGGCGCUGCGGUGUCUUGAUGAUCGACGCGACCGAAAAGGACGAUCAGACCCUCAAGCAAGGUACGGUCAUCGAGGGCAAGGUCACCUUCAAGAAGAACAAAGAUGCCAAGCGCAACCUGAACAUCUCGAUGAACUGGGAGAUCAAGGGGACCGAGACUAAGGAUAAACAGCUCUGGUACAUGAGGUAG